GUAUGUGGUCGCUGUGCGCUGUGUUUUGAAUAGAUAGCCACCGCUCAGCUGAUUUAAAACGGGAUGGAAGAGGAGGCAGACACCGGUGUUCCCUCGCGGGUCGAGAGGAAGGCUUUGCAAAAGGCAAAAAUACUUCAGAGAGAAACCGAAAGGAAGAUUUUCAGACUGGUGGGAAAAGCCCUGAAGAAACCUGAGAGUGAGCGGUCCGAGGAGGAGGCUGCUGUGUUACUGCUACACAGAGGAACUGUAGAGGAGCUCUGCAAGAGACAAGUCCGCAGAAAUGGGCUGAAGAGGAAGCAGGAGGAGGUGUUUGAUGAGGCUGAUGAGCUGAGGAGUAAAGUGAGACAGCUCGCUGCGGCAGUGAAGCAAGCAAAGCACCUGGUGGUAUACACUGGAGCCGGCAUCAGUACUGCAGCUUCUAUCCCAGACUACAGGGGGCCUAAUGGAGUGUGGACACUGCUGCAGAAAGGACGGUCAAUCAGUUCGUCUGACCUGAGUAAAGCUGAGCCGACCCUCACACACAUGUGCGUUAGGAUGCUACAUAAGGAAAAGCUGUUACAGCAUGUUGUUUCUCAGAACUGUGACGGGCUUCACUUGCGUAGCGGGCUACCCAGACAUGCCCUGUCUGAGCUUCAUGGAAACAUGUUUAUUGAGGUGUGUACAUCCUGUAGCCCGGUCAAGGAGUAUGUGCGUUUAUUUGACGUGACGGAGCGAACAUCCCUGCACCGCCACAUGACAGGCCGCUGGUGCAGCCACUGUGGAAGUGAACUCAGGGACACCAUUGUGCAUUUUGGGGAGCGAGGAACCCUGGAGCAGCCUCUCAACUGGAAGGGAGCGGCAGAGGCUGCAGAGACGGCCGAUGUUAUCCUCUGCUUAGGCACCAGUCUAAAGGUGCUGAAGAAAUACGCUUGUCUGUGGUGCAUGAACAAACCAGCAAGCAAAAGGCCAAAACUAUACAUUGUCAACCUCCAGUGGACACCAAAAGAUGAUCUGGCUGCACUGAAAAUGAAUGGCAAGUGUGAUGAUGUCAUGAGGCUCCUGAUGGAGGAACUGAACAUCCAGGUGCCAGGGUACGACAGGGCGAAGGACCCCGUCUUCAGUCUAGCUGUACCUCUGCGGCAGGAAGAGGUGGACAGCCAUACUCGUGAGGUCAUCGCUCGUCUUGAUGUGCAGGAGGACUGCGUACCUGACUCUGGAGAGCAGGCAGAAGAAGCCACAGCUGUGCAGGGCGGCUGGUUCGGUCGAGGCUAUGGCAAGGGAAGGAGGAAGAAGAAGAAAAAAGCUGCAUGAUCAAGCAGACUUUAAAGAAGCAUACGAUGUAGUGAAGUAUGCCAAGUGAUCAAUCACAAAGAGGGAUUACGUUUCAUACCCAUACUGAGUAGAAGUUGGUCUAGGGUGCUGUUUGGCCCUUUUUGCUGAGUUGGUUUCUAGCCACAGGCGGUGUGUGUUAAGGGAAACUUAAGAACAUUUUGAAAAUGGCACUUUGCACCAAACAUUUAUUAUUUUAUACCAAAUACAGAGUAAAAGUAGCUUGAGUUUAUGCAACAUAAUGUAGAUUUGGUAUUUUGGCCAUUUGGAGUGCAAUGCAACAAGUGUGACAGUUGUGAGAUUUUAAUGAAAAUAUAUCAAAAGGUCCAAAGAGAGUUUUGAAACCACUCCUGCAGCAUUAGGAAUGUUUAUGUGUACGAGUAUGUCACAAACACUUUAAUGACAUAAUGUUUUUACAUCCUUUGAAGCCAACUGGUGUAGGGCUGAACGGUUAAUCGAUUUUAAAUCGAAAUCGCGAUUUCAAAUGAUGCAAUUAUCAAAUUGCAAAGCCUGCGAUAUUUUUUUUUUUUUUUUUAAAGAAAAUCGCAAUUAGAUUAUUUCCCAAAAUCGUGCAGCCCUAAACUGGUGGCGAAUUAUCCUCAUAACAUCAUGUUUUUUGUGCCAUUCAUCAACCUUACUGUAAUAUGUGUUUACCAAGUUGUUUGGUUUGAGCACAAGCUAGACGUAAAUCAUGAGUAAAGGUACCUUUCAGUGUUUAUAAGUGGAAAAUGCCAAUACAACAUCAGUAGCGUUCAAAUGGCCAAUUAUUGAUUGCGGUGCUGCAACAGCUUUUACUGAGAAGAGAUUUAUAAGGUUUUCUACAUGUAUCACUUGAGUAAAAUAUAUUUUUUUCUAGUAUUUUUCAGAUGUUUAAAGUGUGCAUUGUUGAAUUUACUUUUUAUGAGUUUGUUUUCUAUUGUUUUAAAGGUAUUUUUGUUAACUUAACUAUUUCCUGUUCUAACAGUCACCUCUCAUUCUGCUGUCAUUCAUCCUCAAGUUUGCAGCUACUACUGCGCCUGGUUGAAGAUGUAGAAAUGGCCUAUGUUUACAUUUUUAUGCAGACACUUUAACAAAAAUGUUAAAAGGAAAGCUUUUUGUUAAAUGUAUACCUUUGAUUACCUGUUAGUUUGUAUCAUGUCAAGUUUUUGUUUACUUGAGUCAUUGUAAACAUCCAAAUAUGUAUCUCUUAAUUUGUCUCCAUCCAUGGAGAUCCAGUAGUAAUUAUGUCAUCCUGUACAGUUUAGUGUCAGAGGUUAUUAAAGACUGGCCUUAACACAAUUGAUAAUGAUUUAUUAAUUCAUUAAUAUCUUGGUCUUUAGAUCUGACUUGGCAGUACUGUAGCUUAACCUUGACCUUUAUUAUCUUAUUUGUGCAAGUUGAUGGUUUUGCCUGUUUGUUUUUUGUAUUAACUUUUGUUCAACUUAUUUAAUAAAACAUUUUCUGUUUAUCUCUUAAAUGGAAAACACUAACCUAA